CUCUCGCAUAUAUAAAAAUGUGUGGUCGACGCGCGCGGCUCAAACACUCGGAACACAUCGCAUCAUGCACGCGUACUUAUACCUCGCGCUCGCGUUUGCGCUAACGGCACCCGGGCUCGCUGGCCUGGGCGACCGCGUCGGGUACCAGAGAGAAAUAGACUCCACCAGCUACAACCAGGUGCCCAAGCUGCAUGAAUUCGUGCUCACCGACGAAUACUUGGCAUCACAGAAGAACAGAGCGAAAUUAGUCACCAGGUUUAGCCCGGACGAAGCGGUCGCCGCCGACAAUGUGAUAGUGGAAUCAAACAUGGUGAGAAUAGUGAGACCGGCUAAGAGAAAAGUGGACAGUGAGAUGAGCAAAGAACUGGUGCGACAGAGGCGCGGCUACAACCUGGAAAACGUGAGGGUGCCAGCGAGAUAUCCGUACCUCCCCGUGCCCAAUUAUAACCGUUUGCGUCGCUGGGGCUAGUGGCCGCAGCUGGAUGAGUCGCGGUACACCGCGGCCACCGCCGCAAGCCGUACCAAAUGUCAAGGCUGCGCAAGCGCUACUCUACCCGUGCGAUGCGUGCAGCCGCUACGAGCGCAUCUCCCGUGGAUAUGCGCGCGCCAUCAACAGACUGUUUUUAAAUGUAAUGUUAUUUAUACGAAGUGGCUGUGAUCGAACGCUCUACUUAUGCCGUUACCUAAACGGUCUGAAUGCAACGAUUAACAGAGUACCGAAUAAUAUUAAAAUAUUUUGCAAGUGAUAUAAUUGUAUUUAGUUUUAGGAAAGCAUAGAAUUAUAAUAUACUUUUAAAAACAUAACGUGUUUUAAGAUUAUUUUUAGUGUUAUUUUGUAAGAAAAGCGAUCAAUAAUACGCCUUAAUUAUUAUAAAAAGUUUCUUAUAAUAAUUGCCCAAUAAUACAGUAAAGUGACCAUGUAAACCUCGAAUUUUUAUGUUGUUUUUGUGCAUAGGUAGGUAAUUAUUUAUCGGAUAAAUCUAAUAUUAGUACUCCAUGAAUAAGGUUAUACGUUUCAACAAUAUGUUCUUACAUAAUUUAUAUUAAAUUAAUCUUCAGAUUCAACAUCGGGUCAUUAUAUGGCCAUGGACAACAUAAUGAUACCUCAAAGAAACAUUAUACCUAAACUAUAAACAAAGA